CUUUGGCGUAUCAAUUUUGCUCUAUGACACAGGACAUUCUGAAAUAUAUGUACGAGGCUUGUUUACCACGCAAAUAAAGUGUUUUCUUUCAUCAACAUGGGCGACUUGAGCUGGAAAGACUUUUUGAACCAGGCAAAGCAGUUUUAUGAGAUUUCCCAGAAUUUGGGUGAUAGUUGGACGCUGGAGGAAAAGGACUCGAAUGAACCUAACACCUUCCUUAAGUUCAGUCAGAAGAUUAAAUGCAAGGCGGAAUUAGUCAGUGUGGAGUAUCAUGUGGUCUACAGUGUUUCCUAUCAAGUACCUAUGAUGUUUUUCCAGGCACACAGAUCAGAUGGAAGCCUUCUAGACCUGGAGGAAGCUUGGAAACUGUUUAUGCCUGAAACAAAAGCCAUCGAUCUCUAUCAGAUACUUACUCAAAUGGAUCAUCCAGUGCUUUUUAGACCCUUUAUGGCACUACACCCCUGUCGCACCGCCGAGGUUCUUCAACAAUUUGGACAGCCCAGUAGUAACCAGAUUCUCACCUUUGUCAGUGUCUAUGGUCCUCAUGUGCAGUUGCACUUGCAAAAUGAAUACGGUCUAAGUAAAGAUAUUUAGUUUACA